UAAAUGAUCAUGAAAUUAUGGCUUUUUGAAAAGGAACCACAUGUACAUGCUGUUGCUCCUGGGGAAGCAAAUCGCUGCUGUACCUCUACAGCCACAUUGAGGUCAAAUAUUUUUAAUGCUCAUGCAACAUGUCUAGUUUUUCAAGAUCAGCCCAGCAAUGGGCGACCUUUGCAAGGUCCUGGUUCCUCAUAGAUGCCAGGCUGCAGCCUCCAGGAAAGAUUGCCACCAUGUGUGCAGUUCGGCUUCAAGGGAAACAUAAACCCGUUUACCAUCCACUGAGUGAUAUUGGAGAUCAUGUGGUGGUCAUGAACACCCAACAUAUUGCCUUCUCAGGAAAUAAAUGGGAACAGAGAGUGUAUUCGUCUCACACUGGUUAUCCUGGAGGAUUCAAACAACUUACCGCAGCCCAAAUGCACAAAAAAGACCCUACAGCUAUCAUUAAACUGGCUGUGUACGGGAUGCUCCCCAAAAACCUCACUAGAAGGACCAUGAUGCAACGGCUUCACCUUUUCCCAGAUGAUAUACUUCCUGAAGAUAUUCUUAAGAAUCUGACAGAAGAACUUCCUCAACCCAGAGAGAUCCCUCGCAAGCUCAGCGAGUACACACAGGAGGAGCGAGAUGCUUUCCCCAUGCUGUGGACCCCGCCAGAAGACUUCAAGAUGAAAUGACUUUCUGGACUUGCGGCUCACAGUCUUUCCAGGAAUUUGGAAUGUUUCUUUUUUAUAUAUAUAUAAUAAUGUUUAUGUUAAAUUAUGUCUCAAAAUGGUAAAAAAUAAACUGUCCAUGUUUUGGCUAUGUUUGA